AUGGUGGUUCUGUGGUCGGCAUACCUGUGCUUCGAUGGACAUCGUGAGCGAAAGAAGAAGACACGGGUUAUCCACAAACUUGCCGAAACGGCGCUGUUUCGGGCGGUCCCGUAA